AUGCCAGGGAGCUACUUACUUGUCGGGAAGAAGUUUUUACAAGGACUGAGGACGGGCAAUAUCAAGCAUUACAGGGGGACAGAGCCAGCGGAUGGUGACACACUUCAGGAUGAGGAUUAUGUUCUGGCCUGGAAAGUCUUCUCACCAGCUCUCUCAGCCAUCACCACAGACAAAGAGUAUGCAGAUUGGGCUGACGACUUGUUGGACACACUGCUGAACUCAGAGGCAUUGCCACAAGAGGAAAGGCACAAAUGGCUGGCCAGAGCCGGAAAUUGUUCUGAGGUGGUCACACACGAUGACGCCCAUGAUGCAGAGUUGCCAACAUCAGCUCAGCUGUUGGAGAACCAAGGACCAUCGAACACCGUCAGCCAUGGCCACUUGGGUGGAGCCGAAGUGCAUGGGGGCCAAAACUCAACUGGACAGGAAGGAGUUUUGGGUGAGGCCUCAGCCUCAGGAAGUGGUGCCCCAGCAAGACCUGGUGCUAUUCCGACAGCAUCCCAUGGCCGCAGUGAACAAAGAGGCCGUGCUGUCACUGGUCAUAGAAUUUUUACGCAUGUACAAGACCACCUGCCCUCGAGAGGGACGACCCAACAUGGAAGGCGAGUUGAGCAGGGUACAGAACAGCAGGAUGCUGGUGGCACAAAUCGUUUCAAGCACCACACUCCGCCCCCUGCCCAACUUACAGUACAUGCUGAUGCAAGGGACCCAGCAGCUGGUCGUUCAUCACAUAUAGGAAGGAAGCGCCACCACUCCUGCUCCACGAGACACCAUCCAUUGCAUGCUGAUGCGAGGCGCCCAGCAGGUGGCCCUUUAAUACCUAUGGGUAAGAAGAUAAGGGGCCCAACAUUCACUGGUGAGAGGUGCCAGCCACCUCACACUGCUGCACCUCCCAGCAGGAGUCAGGUGGCUCGACGUGACGAGAUCCCUUCCAGUGGUGGAUGCAAGACCCAUAACAGGGCAGAUGUGCAACGUCAAGAUUCCAUUUCUGCGCAGCGAGUGCAAUCGGCGAACCCGGAGGGUGUGCAGAGGCCAGCUGUCCAAGUGGCAACCACCAGGAUUGUUGAGCGUCCCACUUGGCCAAUCCCAAGGUCGGGAGGACCCCUAAGACCUCCUGUUGAGGACAGGGGGGAGCUGAAAGCGCAAAGGAUGGCUGCACUUGCAACCAUUCGGCAACACCCCGAUUCACACCAAGUGAUUUCGACACUCAAGCGCGCAAGAGAGCCGUUUGACCUGCAGCAAAUAAAGUUCAAUGGAGGAAGUCUAUGCCAGGAGAUUCAAAAUCUUUUUUUGGGGAGCAACAGGCGAACAAGAUCGUCAGUAUGGAAGUGCACAGUGUGCAGCAAUGUCUUCAUUGAUUCAUAUAGUGGAUGGAGGCACAUAUGCAGUGGAGCAGCAGCUGGGACGUUCGGUGGACGGUGA